AGCGUGGUCCCAGUCAUCUACAUGGGCUGAACACUGAAAAGGGCAACCGAGGCUGCUCUUCUUCUCGUUUGUAAUUGUACGCUAAAAAUUUACGCUUCCCCAAGAGAAGAGACCAUUCACUCACUCUCACACUCCCUCCUCCCUUCCCUUCCCUCUCUGCUCUCUGCGCUACUAUUUUAUUCAACUCUCUCUCUCUCCCACUUUCAAAUCACAAUUACACCCAGUUUUACACCUCAAUUCUCUCUCGUAAUGGAUGAACUGUACGGCUUCCAUUCCACCACUACCGACUACUCCGUGCAGCCUUCAAUGGAUGGCUAUUUCCUGGCCAAUUACCAGUCCUUCCCGUCUCCGGUUGCCUGCUUCGGAGACGGGCUGCCAGUGUUUGGGCCAGACCGGUUGUUAUCAGGUUCAGCAUCUUCGGCGGUGUCUGAUGCUGCUUCCAUGGUGGCCGAAAUUCAAAGAGGAGUUUCAGGCGAGGAAGUUUCCGGUGCAACAAGAGCGAAAAUUGCCUCCCACCCUCUAUAUCCUAAACUUGUCCAAGCUUACAUCGAUUGCCAAAAGGUCGGAGCACCACCGGAGAUAGCGGACGUGUUCGACAAGAUUCGAAAAGAAAGCGACCUAUGUUAUAGGGCACCCGUUGCUUCAUCUCGCUUGGGUGCCGAUCCAGAGCUCGACCAGUUCAUGGAAACUUACUGCGAUGUAUUGGCGAAGUAUAAAUCGGAUCUCGAGAGGCCUUUCGACGAAGCUACUUCUUUCUUGAACGAUAUUGAAACGCAACUCAACACUCUCUGCAACGGCGCUUCCAGAAGCCGCGUUUAUGAGGAAGUAGGUGGGUCAUCGGAUGAAGAUGGAAGAGCAGUGGUGGACGAGUGCCAGCCUACACACGAUGAUCAUGAACUGAAGGACAAGCUCCUGCGACAAUAUAGUGGUUAUAUCAGUAGCUUGAAGCAUGAAUUCUCAAAAAAGAAGAAGAAGGGAAAGCUACCAAAAGAAGCAAGGCAAAUCCUGCUGGACUGGUGGAAUAUUCACUACAAAUGGCCAUACCCAACCGAAGUCGACAAAGUUGCACUGGCUGAAUUAACAGGCCUAGAUCAGAAGCAAAUCAAUAACUGGUUCAUAAAUCAAAGGAAGCGUCACUGGAAACCAUCAGAGAACAUGCAAUUUGCUGUCAUGGACAGUCUCUAUGGACCAAUAUUCAUGAAUGACUGAGAUGGGAUCCCCGUCAUUUUGCGUCUUUACAUUCAUCGACAAGACCAAUAUUGCUGCUAAGCCCUUUAAUUAUCUUACUCCUCGAACGUUUUUGUUGCUAAUUAAUGUUAAUUUUUGUUGUUAUAUAUAUAUAUGAGAUUUUGAUUGUAUCGAUCCGUCUAUGUCGGUAUUUUGGACUUGCAUUUCCCAUUUGCAAGUGUGUAUCUAAGAUGCUCAUCAAUGUAGUGACUCGUUGUAUCGAGUCUUGAAUUUUA